AUGAAGACUUCUGGAUUUGUAGAAAGCCGAAGAUGUGGUCACAAGAAAAAUUUCAAUAGAAGAUUAUAUUCCUUUGAUGAAUUACCCGAGUGGCAGAAGGAUAAUGAACUUAUUAGGAUGGGUUAUGUUCGGGAAACUAAUUCAUUUUUGGAAUGUUUAAAAUCAAUGACAUAUUUCAAUAAUGAGUCUGUUAAUAUAUACACACAUCUAGUACCCAGUGUCACAUACUUUAUUCUAUUAUUGUUGUUUGUUGAUUUGGUUGUGACCCCAAUGUUUCCUGGAACCACCAUGCGUGAGUACAUUAUGAUUGACUUUUAUUUGUUUGGCGUAUUUGUGUGUUUGAUGUGCAGUACUUGUUUUCACUGCUUGAAGCAACAUUCAGAGUCACAUAAUCGAAUCUGGUCAAAAGUUGAUUACAUUGGGAUCAUCGUUCAAAUCACGAGCUCAAUUGUUUCAAUAUUGUAUUAUGGAUUUUACGACCACAUCAGUCACAUUAAAUGGCUUAGUGUAUUGACACUGACAUUGGGAGUAUGUUGCGUUACAUUUGUAUUAAAUGAUAGGUUUAACGCCAUAGAUUACAGACUUUUAAGAGCAAUAUUUUUCACCGUAUUCGGUUUUAGUGGCGUAGUCCCAGUGCUCAUUGGCAUUUACCAGUUUGGUUUAAUCGAAUGGCUUGCCCGAAUACAACUUAAAUUUGUCCUAGCUGGAACUAUCUUCUACAUCUUUGGAGCUCUAAUAUACGGAUUUCGAAUCCCAGAGGCUUUAGCCCCCGGAAAGUUUGAUUUUAUUGGUCAUUCACAUCAAAUUUUCCAUCUUCUGGUUGUGUUAGGUUCCAUUUGUCAUUUCAGAGCUGUCAUUGGUUCAUAUGUCUUCAUGCGAACAGGUAAAAACUACCCAGGACUAUUAAUGAUUAUUUGA